AUGUGGGGACACGUGUUUUUUGCCUUGCUAAGUUUAACAUACGGAGAGCUAAUUCAUGACGAAAAUCUGUAUUUUCUUGAUGAUCUGAACUGGAUGGAAGCUGUAAAAGAGCCGAAAGACAUGUUUGUGAUGUUUUAUGAGCCUAAGUGUGGGCACUAUAAGCGACUUUUGCCAGAAAUGAAAAAAGUCGCGGCAUCAUUUAAAGAUCAAUCAGAUAUUUUGCUAGGCCAGUAUGAUAUGGGACAUAAUAAGCAUAUAGGUGUUGCAUAUGAUAUCAAGGCUGGCCCUUCAUUCCACUACUUUUCAGGGAAGGUCCAUUAUGAAUACACUGGCCCUCAGACAGCAAGUGAUAUUACCCAAUGGGUGAAACUAAGAUUAUCCCCAAAGGUAAAACUUUUGAGGUCUUACCCUGACGUCCAACAAUUUAUAAGCGAAAAUCCUACUGUUUUUGUACUUUUUGCUGACGAGGAUUCUGAAGCUUCAAAUGAGCUUGCAAAAGCUAUUAAAUUUGAACAAAACGCCUUAAUAGGGAUUUCUAUACACCCAGUCGCUCUUUCUGUUUAUAAAUACGCUAAUCCUUCCUUUGUGGUUUUUAAAAAAAAUGACUAUAAAACUAAGGUAUUUGAAGGAGAGCUUAAAGCUGAUAAGCUAAAAGCUUUUAUUGACGAAGAAAAAUACGGAUGGGUUUUGCCAUUUGGGGAUGCAGCUUAUGAGUACUUUUUUGAUAACAAUAAGCCUGGAUUAUUUGUAUUCAGAAAUUCCUCACAAAGUGAACUGGAUGAGAUUGUUGAUGAACUAGCCUUGACACAUCAUGGAAAAAUAAAAUUUUCUAUUGGAGAUUUGCAUCAGCAUCUGACCUUUGCUGAACUUCUUGGAGUAAAUCCAGAUAAACAGCCUUUUGCGAUGAUAAUAAAACCAAUUAAUGGAGUUCUUCGUAAAUACCCAGCAGAUAAAGCGGCUAAAGAAGAGUUAGGGUAUCUUAUUAAAGAAUGGGAAGAUGGGACAGCAAAACAGUUCUAUAAGUCUCAGUUAGCCCCUGACGAUGAUUCGUUAUUAACAACGUCAAACUUUAAGAAACUUGUACCUUCAGCUGAAAAAGAUGUGUUAGUCCACUUUUAUGCUCCAUGGUGCAUGCAUUGUAGAGUGCUUGAAAAACAGUUGGAUGAAGUUUUAGAAACAAUUGGUAAUGACACUCUAUCUAUUUAUGCAAUUGACGCAAUGGCAAAUGAUAUCCCUGGACAUGAUAUUUUUUCAUUCCCUACUCUAAAGCUAUUCAAGGCUGGUGAGAGCUCAGGAAUUGAAUAUACAAAUAAAGAAAAAAAGGCUGAAGAUAUCAUUGAGUUCAUAAAGAAAAACAGAGUAGUCUCUUCAGAAUAUAAGCCAAGACCAAGAGACCAGGCUUCUAAAAAGGAAAGCGAAAAUCAGAAAAAAGAAGAUCUUUAA